AUGCUCUUCGAUCCGCCCUCUGGUCGUCGUGUGUCGUUGAAAUCGAUAGAAAGCAGACGAUAUGACCUCAAACAAAAAAAAAACGAUAUGGAGCAGGCCAGGGUCCGAGACUGGAUUGGCUUUGGUUUGCAAGCACUGAUUGAUUGUCGAGGCUGUGAAACAAAGGAAAAUCGUAUUGCCCAAUGGACGCUCAGCUGGAUAAUAAUCAAUGAAGCUAUGUGUGUAAGGAGCAAUAAUGGCCCUGGUUUCGAGCGAGGAGUGAGUAUCCAUUGUCCGAUCAUUUCUCGGAUCAACAAUCGGAAGUACCUUUUGUCAUCCCCAUGUUUCUCGACGAAUGGUUCUCAACACUUUCACUCAUUUUUGGGGGUUGCUGUAGUUACCCUUGAGCAGCUGACCUCGACCUAUCCACUUUCUGGCACUCUCAUAACUUUUUCCCAAUUUCUACUCGUUUCCGUUUAUGGUUUGUACUCAAACAUCUCUUGGAGUCAGGGCUAUCCCACACUCCGGCCACGACACAUCCCUUUGAUAGGCUACGCUGUGCAAGUCAUCAUAUUUUAUAUCGUCUCCCUCCUCAACAACGCGGCAUUUUCCUUUAACGUUCCUAUGUCGGUGCAUAUCAUCUUCAGAAGUGCUGGACUUGUCAUAAGCAUGCUCUUUGGAUGGGCUAUCAGUGGCAAAAGAUAUACCACUGGGCAAAUAUUCUCGGUUUUCUUGGUUACCGUCGGUGUGAUGCUCACAACAAUAUCAGCUGUUGACCAAGAGCUCCCCGUUACAAGUCCCUCUAUGAGCAAAUAUAUCCAAGGGAUUCUAGUCCUUACCCUCGCUCUCGUGCUUUCUGGAGCAUUAGGUCUUAUCCAAGACCGAAUAUACUCGAAAUAUGGACGAGAAGCUUCGACAUGGCAGGAAUCGAUGUUUUAUCUUCAUGCCUUGGCUCUUCCUUUGUUCUUUUUUAUGAAAAAAGACAUAUCAAUGCAGUUUUCUGUCAUCUCGUCGGGGCCUCGCACCACAUUAUUACCCUUGCCAAAGUGGAUCGCCGAUCUACCUGGCUUCCGACAAGGUGUAUUCCUCCAUCUUCAGCCCGAUCAAGCGUCGCUUCUCCUCCAUCUGCCCAAACCAUACAUUACCCUACUUCUCAACACCUUAACCCAACUCAUUUGUGUCGCAGGUGUACACAGACUCACCACUCGCCUCAGCGCUCUCACUGUUACACUGGUCCUGGCUGUUCGCAAAGCCACUAGCCUACUCAUCAGCGUGUUGGUCUUGGCGGAAAGUCCAACUGUGAAUCACCGCCCAAUGUGGAGUGGAGGGGCUUUGGUUCUCUUUGGUACAGUGAUUUACUCGAUCUUCACAAGCAGAAAUCAGAGUAACGUGCGGAAACUGAAGACCAAUUAG